AUCCUACUAAACUUGUGGACCAGUCAACAGAGUAGUUGUGAUUCUUGUGUUAAGAGAACUUAGAGAAGUGUCUCGUGAUCUCGCCGCAAUGGACGACACCGCCACCACCUUCUCCUGCCCUCCGAUCGACCCCACCACCUUCGACGUAAUCAUCAUCGGCACCGGCCUCUCCGAAUCCAUCCUCGCCGCCGCCUCCUCCGCCGCAGGCAAAACCGUCCUCCACCUCGACCCCAACCCCUUCUACGGCUCCCACUUCUCCUCCCUCCCCCUCUCCGACGUCCCCUCCUUUCUCCUCUCCCACUCCCACGCCGUUCCACUCCCCCGCGAGGAUCUCGUCACCCCCUCUCCGUCCGACGCCGUUUUAGUCCCCGUGGAUCUCACCACCCGCCCCGUCUACUCGCACAUCGAGAUCUACUCUCACUCCACCGACCUUCUCGAACAUUCCAGGAAGUUUAACCUAGAUUUGGCCGGACCUAGGGUUUUGUUCUGCGCUGAUUCAGCCGUUGAUUUAAUGCUGAAAUCAGGGGCUAAUCAGUACGUGGAGUUUAAAAACGUGGAUGGGACCUAUGUGUGCGGUGGCGACGGGAAGCUAUCGAGCGUGCCGGCCUCGCGGUCGGCGGUGUUCAAGGACGCGAGCUUAGGGCUGAUGGAGAAGAAUCGUCUGGGGAGUUUUUUCAAGCUGGUUGAGGGGCAUUUGAAAGGGACGGGGUCGGAUGGGAGUAGGAGGAUUUCGGAGGAGGAUUUGGAGAGGCCAUUUGUCGAAUUCUUGGACAAAAUCCGGUUUCCGACCAAGAUAAAAUCGAUUAUCAUGUACGCAAUAGCAAUGGCAGAUUACGACCAAGACAAGUUGGAAGGUUGUAGAAGUGUUCUGAAGACGAAAGAUGGAAUAAACCGUUUAGCACUAUACCAUUCAUCCGUAGGCAGGUUUCAUAAUGCACUUGGGGCUUUGAUUUACCCUAUUUAUGGUCAAGGGGAACUGUGUCAAGCCUUCUGCCGUCGUGCUGCAGUCAAAGGUUGUCUUUAUGUCCUCCGGAUGCCAGUGAAGGCUCUGCUUGUUGACAAGGAAAGUGGGAGUUGCAAAGGUGCUAAGUUGGCUUCUGGUCAGGAUUUAUUCAGCAAUGAGAUGGUCCUAGGACCAUCAUUCAUGACUCUGGUGCCGUUAGCUAAUUCUUUGCCAGAUUUUCUCCAAGCUAAAUUAGUGGAUGUUGGCCGAGAUUUCAGGGGGAAGGUGGCUAGGGGAAUUUGUAUCACAAACAGUUCCUUAAAGACCGAUGUUUCAACUUGUCUGGUGGUAUUUCCUCCUAAAUCUCUGUACUCUGAGCAGGACACAUCAAUCCGAGUUCUUCAGAUAGGUAGCAGUUUAGCUGUUUGUCCCUCUGGGAAGUUUGUUGUGUAUCUUUCAACUUUAUGCGACGAUGAUAUUCAAGGGAAAAAAUCACUGCAUGCAGCCAUAAAUACUAUUUUUUCAGUUCCUAUUUCUGAAACCCCUGAAAAUAGUUCGAACAACAAAAGUGAAGAUACUGAAAUGAAGCCCACUUUGCUUUGGAGUGCUCUGUAUAUACAGGAAGUUACUAUGGGUUCAUUUGAUUCUUUCCGUUUUACACCUAUGCCUGAUGGGAAUCUUAACUACAAUGAUCUUCUAGAUGCAACUAAGGAGCUAUUUCACAAGAUGUUUCCUGAAGAAGAAUUCUUCCCGGAAACCACCUUUUCUCAGCUAGAUGAUGAUGGCGAGCUUGCUCCGAGUACUAACGAUGACUCACUGGACUCUUAACAGUCUUCUGACCUGGUCAUGUCAUUGCAAAUUCAGUCCACCCACAACAUCUGCUCGGGAUUCAUAUUUUUCAUACCUACUACCAAUACCAAGACUGCAUCCAUGUUUUCAGAAGCAGAACCGGAGGGGGAUGGACCUUGCAUUUUGUAAUUGCAGUGUACAGUUGUGGCAUUAAUCUUAUUCCGUGGAUUAUUAUUUCUUGUAUGAGAUAUUUGUCGACGACCAAAUGCAUAUUAGACACAUUGCCGGAAUGGUUCCAAUUUCAUCGA